UAGCAAUCUAAAACCCUAAAACUAAAAACUUUAAAGCUCAACUUCAGAGUACUGGACUCCUUUCCUACCCAUUCCGCCGGCGGACGCCAUAUAAUUUGGCGCAAUCAGAAUCAAUAGAUUCGAGCACCUCCGACUCUCGAUUCACUGUCUGAACUCUGAACUGAAUUUUAACACAUGGCAAAUCCAGUGGAAUCACUCGUUUCCAUUGAUUCAUUAGUGCCAACCUCAUCCACCAAGCGUCGAGUUCAGAUCUUCCGUGAUGAGAUUCCCUCUAUUAUCAGCGGUUCAGAAAUGACGACUGAGAUGGCAUCCGUGUUGGUAGAUUUAAUUUUCAAGACAUUAUUUGUUUAUGAUGAUCGAGGAUCAGUUAAAGCAGUAGAUGAUGUGGUAAUAAAAUCUCUGAGACAAGUAGCAUUUAUGAAGAGUUUUGCAGCAACCCUUGUACAGGUUAUGGAAAAGAAUUUGAAGUUUCAGUCGCAUGUAGGCUGUCACAGACUUCUGAAGUGGUCUUGUCUCCUCCUUACUGAAAGUGAGUUUACCUCAGCAUCGAAGAAUGCAUUUUGUAGAGUAGCACAAGUGCAGGCAUCAAUUCUUCAUAUUGGUAUGCAAGGAUCACUCCGUGUAAGAAGAGCCUGCAAACAGACAUUUUUCUUUUUGUUCUCAAAGUUACCAGAUAUUUAUGGAAGUUAUAUGGAAGAACUUAGGGAUUCGAGGAUCUCAUGUAAGGAUUGCCCUGAAAUUGUACUGUUGAUGCUAGAAUAUUCAACACUGAACCCUUCUUUAUUUGAGAAGUGGAAGCAAGUAUUUCUUGACAUGUACACCAAAGUGGUUCUAAAUGCAAGAGAAAAGCCUCCAAGGGGCCUAAGUGAGGCCUUCUUUCCAUUAUUUACUCAUCUAUCUCAUGAAGAUUUUAAAAGUACUGUCAUCCCGCUGUCUGUCAAGAUGUUGAAACGGAACCCUGAGCUUGUUUUGGAAUCAGUUGCAAUCCUUUUACAAUCUGCCAACCUUGACUUGAGCAAAUAUGCUGUUGAGAUGCUUGCAGUGGUGUUAACACAGGCAAGGCAUACUGAUGAAGGAAGAAAAACUACUGCGUUAUCCAUAAUACGAUGCUUGAGCACAAAGUCUAGCAGUCCAGAUGCUCUUGAAGAAAUGUUCAAAGCAGUCAAAUCUGUAAUUGGAGGUUCGGAAGGAAGGCUCACGUUUCCCUACCAGAGAGUUGGUAUGAUUAAUGCACUGCAAGAAAUGUCUAAUGCCUCUGAAGGAAAAUAUCUUACCAGCUUAUCAAAGACGAUUUGUAGUUUUCUUUUGUCCUGUUACAAGGAUGAUGGUAAUGAAGAGGUGAAGCUUGCAAUUUUAUCUUGUUUUGCUUCUUGGGCAGCAAGAUGUGCAGAUGCUAUUGAUCAGGGUGUUGUUUCCUUCAUUUCAAAUGGGUUGAAAGAGAAGGAAAUGUUGAGGAAAGGUCAUCUUCGUUGUGUUCGACUAAUUUGCAAGAACAUUGAUGCUGUUCCUCGGAUUUCAUCUUUGCUGGCACCUCUUCUCCAGCUUGUUAAAACAGGUUUCACCAAAGUAGCACAACGUUUGGAUGGAAUUUAUGCACUUUUCUGUGUUGCAAAAAUUGCUGCGAUAGAUGUUAAAGCAGAUGAGACUGUAAUGAAGGAAAAGAUUUGGGCUUUAAUAUCACAGAAUGAACCUUCAUUGGUACCUAUUACUAUGGCCUCAAAAUUACCAAUUGAGGACUGUAUGGCAUGCCACGACCUUUUUGAGGCCCUUCUGAUUGACCAUCCUCAGAGGAUGUUGGAGACUUUUCCCGUCAGUACAUUUGUGCAGUUUAUACUAUUUGUACUUUGCCAUCCAAGUUGGGCUGUCCGGAGAGCAGCUUAUAAUUCUGUGAAAAAGAUUAUUGCUGCUAUCCCACAGUUAUCUGAAGCCAUAAUGCUUGAAUUUUCAAAUUAUCUCUCCGCUGUUGGUGAAAAGGUUCUUUUGAGAACAAGUGACACAGACAGCUUACCAGACAACCAAGUUCCAGUCCUUCCGUCUGUUGAGGUUUUGGUCAAGGCUUUAGUUGUCUUAUCACCUGCAACAUUGUCUGCUGUGCCACAUGUUUGCAAGCAAAUUUUAUUUUGUUCGCAUCAUCCAUGCCUCAUUGGCUCAGCUAAGAGAAAUGCAGUGUGGAGGAGGGUACAGAAGUGUUUGCAGAGACAAGGCUUUGAUGUGGUUCAUCUUCUUUCCACUGAUGUUGCUGGCUUGUGUCAGGGCUUGCUGGGCUCAAGGGGACUGAUGAGUCAAAACCAUUUUGAGCAAGAAGCAGCAAUAAACUCAUUCUCAACUCUGAUGUCUAUAAUUCCUGGAGAAACUUAUGCUGAAUUUGUUAAGAACUUCAAUGACCUUCCAGACCGUCAUGCACAUGAUAUGUUUUCAGAGAAUGACAUUCAGAUCUUUCGUACUCCUGAAGGGACGCUUUCCACUGAGCAAGGAGUUUAUAUUGCUGAAUCCAUUUCAGCUAAGAACACAAAACAACCGAAAGGCCGUUUCCGAGCCUAUGAUAGCAAUGAUGACCUGGACAAAGGAAAUUCUAAUCGUUUGCCAAGACGCGAGCUUUCUAGCAAAGAUGCCACUGUUCUAGGGAAAAAGGAUGGUGGAAAGUCAACUAAGAAAUCUGACAAGGACAAGGAUAAGGGAAAGACAGCUAAGGAAGAGGCACGCGACAUGCAGCUUAGGGAGGAAGCCUGCAUACGAGAAAGCGUGAUGAUUGUGCAAAAUCAUCUCUCUUCAAUGCUGAAAGCUCUAGGAGAAAUGGCCAUAGCCAAUCGUGUUUUCACACAUAGUCAGCUACCUUAUUUGUUCAAGCUUAUCGAUCCUCUAUUAUGUUCACCAAUAGUUGGUGAUGUGGCAUAUGAUGCGCUGGUGAAGCUCUCAAAUUGUGUUGCCUCUCCUCUCUCCAACUGGGCUCUUGAAAUUGCCACUGCUUUGCGUCUAAUUAGGACAGAGGAUGCCAAUGUCCUAUGGGCACUAUUUCCGUCUGCCAGUGAGGAGGCCAAUGAAAAGCCUGGUCUCUUUGAGCGAGUAGUAAAUGGCUUAUCGUUUUCAUGUAAAUCUGGGUCUCUUCCUGUGGAUUCGUUUACUUUUAUUUUCCCAAUAAUGGAGAGGAUAUUGCUGAGUUCUAAGAAGAUGAGGCUGCAUGAAGAUGUUCUCCAGAUAAUUUUCUUACAUUUGGAUCCUGUUUUACCCCUUCCUAGGGUUCGAAUGCUAUCAGUUCUAUAUCAUGUUCUUGGUGUUGUUCCUGCUUAUCAAGCUUCCAUUGGACCAUCACUAAAUGAAUUGUGUCUAGGUUUGUCAGCAGCAGAAGUGGCACCAGCCCUUUCGGGUGUUUAUGCCAAAGAUGUUCAUGUAAGAAUGGCAUGCUUAAAUGCAGUUAAAUGCGUUCCUGCCCUUGCUGGCCACUCUAUUCCUGAAAAUAUUGAAGUUGCAACCAGCAUAUGGCUUGCUUUACAUGAUCCUGAAAAGUCGGUUGCUGAAGCUGCAGAAGACAUAUGGGACCACUAUGGAUAUGACUUGGGGACUGAUUAUUCAGGAAUCUUUAAGGCACUUUCAAACAUCAACUUUAAUGUUAGGGUUGCUGCUGCUGAAGCAUUAGCUGCAGCUUUAGAUGAAAAUCCGGAUACAAUACAGGAGUCAUUAUCAACUUUAUUCUCAUUGUAUAUCCGUGAUGCUGGUUUUUCUGAGGACACUAUUGAUGCUGGUUGGAUCGGCAGACAAGGGAUAGCAUUGGCUUUACAUUCUGUGGCUGAUGUGCUUAGAACCAAAGAUCUUCCUGUUGUUAUGACAUUCCUAAUAUCACGAGCACUGGCUGAUCCUAAUGUGGAUGUUAGGGGAAGAAUGAUUAAUGCUGGUAUACUGAUUAUUGACAAGCAUGGGAAUGAUAAUGUGUCCCUGCUAUUCCCAAUUUUCGAAAACUACUUGAACAAAAAGGCAUCUGAUGAAGAGAAAUAUGAUUUGGUGCGUGAAGGUGUUGUGAUAUUUACUGGUGCUUUGGCAAAGCAUUUGGCAAAGGAUGAUCCUAAGGUCCAUGCUGUUGUUGAAAAGUUGCUGGAUGUUCUGAACACUCCUUCUGAAGCUGUUCAACGAGCUGUCUCUUCCUGUUUGUCUCCACUAAUGCAAUCAAAACAGGAGGAUGGACCUGCUCUUGUUUCUAGGCUUCUAGAUAAAUUAAUGAAGAGUGACAAAUAUGGGGAGCGCCGAGGAGCAGCUUUUGGACUUGCAGGGGUUGUUAAGGGUUUCAAAAUUUCCUGCAUAAAGAAAUAUGGUAUCAUUACAACCUUGCGUGAAGGAUUUCUAGACAGGAAUUCUGCUAAAAGCCGUGAAGGAGCAUUAUUAGCAUUUGAAUGCCUCUGCGAGACACUAGGAAAAUUGUUUGAGCCCUAUGUAAUUCAAAUGCUACCAUUACUACUGGUUUCUUUCUCUGAUCAAGUGGUUGCGGUCAGAGAAGCUGCAGAAUGUGCUGCUCGGGCAAUGAUGUCUCAAUUGACUGCUCAAGGAGUGAAGCUAAUCCUUCCAUCACUUCUAAAGGGCCUCGAAGAUAAAGCUUGGAGGACAAAGCAAAGUAGUGUUCAACUUCUUGGUGCUAUGGCAUACUGUGCGCCGCAGCAGUUGUCACAGUGCCUCCCUAAGAUUGUGCCAAAGUUAACAGAGGUCUUGACUGACACUCAUCCCAAAGUUCAAUCAGCUGGACAGACAGCACUUCAGCAGGUAGGGAGUGUUAUAAAGAAUCCCGAGAUAUCUGCUCUUGUGCCUACACUUCUGAUGGGCCUUACAGAACCCAAUGAACACACAAAAUACUCCCUUGACAUACUCCUCCAGACAACUUUUGUUAAUACAAUUGAUGCUCCAUCUCUGGCAUUGUUGGUACCCAUUGUCCAUCGAGGCCUUAGAGAAAGAAGUGCUGAAACUAAGAAGAAAGCUGCCCAAAUUGUUGGGAACAUGUGUUCUUUGGUCACAGAACCAAAGGACAUGAUACCUUAUAUAGGAUUGCUUCUUCCUGAAGUUAAAAAGGUUCUUCUGGAUCCUAUUCCUGAAGUUCGUUCAGUGGCUGCAAGAGCCAUUGGCUCUCUUAUAAGGGGAAUGGGAGAAGAAAACUUCCCAGACUUGGUUCCUUGGUUGUUAGAUACUCUGAAAUCAGAUGGCAGUAAUGUUGAGCGCUCAGGAGCAGCACAAGGCCUUGGCGAGGUAUUGGCUGCACUGGGUAUAGAGUAUUUUGAGACCAUACUUCCAGAUAUUAUUCGGAACUGUUCUCAUCAAAAGGCAUCAGUUCGUGAUGGCUAUUUGACACUCUUUAGGUAUCUUCCGAGAUCUUUAGGUGUCCAAUUCCAGAACUAUUUGCAGCAGGUUCUUCCAGCAAUUAUAGAUGGACUUGCCGAUGAGAAUGAAUCUGUGCGUGAUGCUGCACUUGGUGCUGGCCAUGUUUUGGUGGAGCAUUAUGCAACAACAUCCUUGCCUCUGCUUCUUCCUGCUGUGGAGGAAGGCAUUUUCAAUGAUAAUUGGCGUAUUAGGCAGAGCUCUGUGGAAUUGUUGGGUGAUCUUUUGUUUAAGGUUGCUGGAACAUCUGGAAAAGCUCAUCUUGAGGGUGGUAGUGAUGAUGAAGGUUCUAGUACUGAAGCUCAUGGACGGGCAAUCAUUGAGGUACUUGGAAGGGAGAAGCGUAAUGAAGUUCUUGCUGCACUGUAUAUGGUUCGGACUGAUGUCAGCAUAACUGUGCGCCAGGCUGCAUUGCAUGUGUGGAAAACUAUAGUUGCAAAUACUCCUAAAACUCUAAAGGAAAUUAUGCCAGUUUUGAUGAGCACAUUAAUUAGUUCUCUUGCUUCCUCAUCCUCUGAGAGGCGACAGGUUGCCGGCCGAGCACUGGGUGAGCUUGUUAGGAAACUCGGAGAAAGAGUGCUUCCAUUAAUCAUUCCAAUAUUAUCAAAAGGUCUAAAUGACCCUAACCCUGGCAGAAGACAAGGUGUUUGCAUUGGUUUAAGUGAAGUGAUGGCAAGUGCUGGGAAGAGCCAGUUGCUGAGUUUCAUGGACAAGCUUAUCCCUACCAUUCGGACAGCACUUUGUGAUAGCAUGCCUGAGGUUCGUGAAUCAGCUGGGUUGGCAUUCAGCACUCUCUACAAGACUGCUGGGAUGCAAGCAAUUGAUGAGAUUGUUCCGACACUUCUGCAUGCUCUGGAGGACGAUCAAACCUCUGAUACUGCUCUGGAUGGUUUAAAACAGAUUUUAAGUGUCAGGACCAGUGCUGUGCUGCCUCAUAUCCUUCCCAAGCUUGUCCACCUUCCUCUUUCUGCCUUCAAUGCACAUGCUUUGGGAGCUUUAGCAGAGGUUGCUGGACCUGGUCUUGAUGUCCACCUUGGUACCAUCCUUCCUGCUUUACUCACUGCAAUGGGCUAUACUGAUAUGGAGGUUCAAAGUCUUGCCAAGAAAGCAGCAGAAACUGUUGUCACUGUAAUUGAUGAGGAAGGUAUCGAGUCUUUGCUGUCGGAGCUUCUCAAAGGAGUUGGAGAUAGUCAGGCUUCAAUCAGACAAAGUUCUGCAUACUUAAUUGGAUAUUUAUUUAAAACCAGUGAUCUAUAUCUUGUUGAUGAGGCUCCAAAUGUGAUAUCCACCCUGAUUAUUUUACUAAGUGAUUCAGAUUCAGCUACCGUGACGGUUGCUUGGGAAGCAUUGUCUAGUGUGAUAAGUUCAGUUCCUAAAGAAGUUCUUCCUUCGUAUAUAAAGUUGGUUCGCGAUGCAGUAUCAACAUCCAGGGAUAAAGAACGUAGGAAGAAAAAGGGAGGACCAGUUCUAAUACCUGGUUUUUGCCUCCGGAAAGCUCUUCAACCUGUGCUUCCUAUUUUCCUCCAGGGUCUUAUAAGUGGAUCUGCUGAAUUAAGAGAGCAAGCAGCUUUGGGCCUUGGAGAGUUAAUUGAAGUGACAAGUGAGCAAGCAUUAAAGGAGUUUGUCAUUCCAAUCACAGGGCCGUUGAUUCGUAUAAUAGGGGACAGAUUCCCAUGGCAAGUGAAAAGUGCAAUUCUCUCAACUUUGAGCAUCAUAAUACGGAAGGGUGGGUUGGCCCUAAAGCCUUUUCUUCCCCAGCUUCAAACAACAUUUGUUAAGUGUUUGCAGGAUAAUACAAGGACUGUUCGAUCAAGUGCUGCUCUUGCCCUUGGUAAACUAAGUGCACUCACAACUAGGAUUGAUCCUUUGGUUGGUGAUCUUUUAUCUGCUUUACAGCAGGCUUCAGAUGUUGGAAUUCGUGAGGCUAUUUUGACUGCUUUGAAAGGAGUGAUCAAACAUGCUGGCAAAAGUGUAAGCAGUGCUUCUAGAACACGUGUCUAUACACUCUUAAAGGAUUUGAUAUACAAUGAUGAUGACCAGAUACGAGUUUGUGCUGCCAACAUAUUGGGAAUCAUAUCACAGUAUUUAGAAGAUGAAGAAGUUCUUGAUUUACUUAAUGAGAUCACAAACUCAGCAUCGUCUUCUACCUGGUGCACAAGGCAUGGAGCAGUACUUACAAUCUCUUCAAUGCUAAAGCACUCUCCUGCCAUCAUUUGUACUUCUUCAUCAUACGGAGCUGUAGUAAAUUGUCUCAAAAGUAGCUUAAAAGAUGAAAAGUUCCCGAUCCGUGAAACAUCCACAAGAGCAUUUGGAAGACUCCUAUAUCAUCAAAUUCAGAGUGAUUCUUCAAAUACUUCUUCACAUCUGGAAAUUCUUGGAUCUAUAGUAUCAGCCAUGCAGGAUGAUUCAAGUGAAGUUAGAAGACGAGCUUUGUCUUCUCUUAAAAUGGCUGCCAAAUCUAACCCUAGUGCCGUAAUGAUCCAUGUAUCAAAGUAUGGCCCCGUACUAGCUGAGUGCAUGAAGGAUGCAAGUACACCUGUCAGAGUUGCUGCCGAGAGAUGUGCCUUGCAUGCUUUCCAAUUGACUAAAAGUGCAGACAAUGUUCAAGCUGCACAAAAGUUUAUCACAGGUUUGGAUGCUAGGCGGAUUGCGAAGCUCCCAGAAUAUAGUGAUGUUAGUGAAGACAGCGACAUUGAUACUUCGAGUGGCUAAAACCAGAUUUUGCGGCGCAGUUCAACAAUGGCUGAGGUUUUGUGUUGAUGUUUCCAUGACACUUGUGACUACAGGAAUGUGAUCGAAGUGCAUAGUCACAUGUGGUAUAUACAUACAAAUAUUCAACAAAGAUUUUCACCAAUUUUGUAGCCAUUUAUACUAUAUAUAUAUAAGGAUUAUAAACUUGAAGGAGGUCCAGAGGUCGAACUCCGAAAUCAUGAUAUAAAUUAUUGUAUGAUAUACUGUAGAUAUUCGAUCAUAGUUGUUGAAGCAUCAAGGCUUGAUGGUUAUUUGGGAAUUCGUUAAAAAGAAAGCUUUUUAUGUCAAUUUUCAAAGGAUUGAAAGAGGGUUUCCAGCUGACCCACCUUUGCAUUUCUCUUGAA